GGCAGCCCAGCCUGGGUGUGGGGCAGAAGCAGAGAUGUUGGCGGUGUGAAGCUCAGGAGUAUACAUCAGAGAAAGCCAAAAGCCAGCUGGAAUAGUUCCUGAAUACAGUUUUAAUCUUGUUUGCAAUUAUUUCUAAGGGGAGAAAUAAUCUGGAUCAGAAUUAAGAUGCUCUGGUUUCAAGGAAAUAGCAUGCAACUUGCCAGAUCCUCCCUUGGACUCUUCUUGAUAAACUGCUCCGCCUCUAAGACAACUCUUCCUGUGCUGACUUUAUUCACAAAGGACCCAUGCCCCCUUUGUAGUGAAGUCAAGGAAGUACUCAAGCCUUAUAAAAACAGGUUUAAUUUACAGGAAGUGAACGUCACACUUCCAGAAAAUUCUGCCUGGUAUGAAAGGUAUAAAUUUGACAUUCCUGUCUUUCACUUGUAUGGCCAGUUUCUGAUGAUGCAUCAAGAAAACACCUCAAAACUUGAAAAACAGCUCCUGAAACUUGAGCAGCAAAGUCUCGGAGGCUGACUAAUGCCCUCAUGAUUUUCCACCCUCUCUUCCUAUACGGCAUCUUCCUAAGGAAAUGACCAUGGCCUGAUACUCCUUUUGUCACCUAUACAGAGCCCUAAGGAUAUUCUGAACUCAGUGGUGCCAAAUAAAUGUUGACAUUCCUCUUUUGGUUGAUGGGGGAAAAAAAAGGGAGCCCAGAUUCCUCGCUGUCCUCUGCCUUCUCCCUUCUCUGUCUGCUCUUCCCUGCUCCUCCUGGGGGCUCCCCAGGUACCAAACAAGAGGCUGACGUUGCUUGUGUAUGAUAGCUACAAAUCUCCGGCUCGUUAUCCUUACUUGUUCGUUUGGUUACUGGAGGGAUUAUUUCAGUGAAGUCUAUCUCCUCCUUCUUGCUGCCAGAGUGUGAAGCCUCAGAUGUCACUCCUCAGGGGGUACAGCCUUGGGUACCCACAGUCACCAUGGGUUAACAAAGGUUUUGGCAGGACUCUCUUUGACUGAUUCAUUCCCUGACACACCCAGCUGUUAGGCUCCAGUAAUUGCCAGCUGAGUUGUCUAUUACUGUAUUUUCAACAAAGCUCUGGGGUAUAAACUCCUCCACAGAUGGAUCCAAUCAAACCUGGUGACGCCUUUGAAGAAACAGUCCUGGAGGUCAGUGUCUGAGAUUUGUUCUGACUCCAGCAGGAUUCUCCAGUUUCCCUUUCCCCAGUUUCUCUCCAGCAAACUAGCCAGCCUGAAAUUUAACCUGUAUCUCCAAAGUCCUUCAAUCUCCCCUCUAUUGCUUUUCCCCAUAACCUCCAGUAUUUUGAGAGUGCUCUUGGGCUUGAACUUAAACUUCUCUACAACCUGUUACAAAUGUUCCUUUAGGGAAAGAUCUGGAGCUCUCUCUCUUACAACCUACUUUUUUUUUUUUUUUUUUUUUUUGAGACGGAGUCUCGCUCCGUCACCCAGGCUGGAGUGCAGUGGCGUGA